CUGCUGCUGGCAUCGCUUCUGCUCUCGUCUGCUGCUGCUCUCGCUCUUGCUCGUGCAAGGAGGAAGAGGAUACUACAAAGCCCCUCUCUCGUCUACUCCCUCACUCAGCACUCAUCCUCCCGAGCUUGCUAACUGUCUCUGUCCCCCCAUCUCUUCCCUCUCCUCCUUCCCCUUGACCUCGUCGUCCUCUACCCCCACCCCACCCCACCCCACCCCCCCUCUACCACUCUCAAUCUCGCACUCUGUACACUCUCACCUUGCUUCUCGGAUCAGCCAUCAAUACAAAUAUACAGUUGGUAAGCAAGCCACCGGAACAGUCGACUGGUGAGUGAGUGAGUGAGCGAGUGAGCCAGCCAGCGAGCCAGGAAGCUAGCCAGCUAGCGCUCUCACACGGUGGUGUAUAAAGCAGACAUGAAGAGCUUCUGAGGGUCUUUGCCUCUCGCUGAAUCUGUUGUAAGGAACAAGGCUCAUGAGAAGGACAAGAGUAUCGACGAAGAAGAAGAAGAAAAGGAAAACGUAGAAGAAAGCCAAGACAUGUGCAUUCGACAACCUCGUUCGCAAGCGCAGCAGCAGCAGCAGCAGCAACUGCCUCUUCUGGUGCCUCGAUAGGAAGUCGAGAGACGACAGGAACGACGCAACGAAGUCAUUCAAGAAGAAGUGACGAAGUUAAUUUACGCACACUAAUUCGAUCGGACCUACAACUUAGGGCUCAGUGGUGAAAUUUCUUUCUGUACAAUGGAGGCAUGCGAUUGAUCAGGAAGCGCUCUUCUCGGUGAAGAUGGAGACGUUUCUAUGAGCAGGCGCAGGCUGUUUGGGUCGGGCAGAUUGUUAAGGCCGUGCUUUCCUUGAGCCCAAAAGGCGGUGGGGGAGAUCUCUCCAUCAGGUUUUUAACCAGCCAGCGAGGGAUUUCAGGUGUAUGGUCGUCCUGAUCUUCUAAGAUGGGAAAUUUCGCGUCAUGUGUGUCGCCCGACGUGUCGAAGCUGAGCGUCAAGGUCGUACAUCCGGAUGGGAAGAUGGAGGAGUUCCGCCGCUCGGUGGUCGUCGCAGAGCUGAUGAUGGAGCACCCGAACCACUUCGUGUGCCAUUCGUCCGCCUUGACGAAUAUCAACAAGAAGUCGAUGCUGUCGGCCGAGAUUGAGCUGGAAGCAGGUCGCCUCUACUACCUGCUGCCUUACGACAAGUUCCAGGGUAUUCUGACACCCGAGGUGACCGACGCCCCUGGCAACAAGCCUGCCAGAGCCGUGAACGCAAUCCAGCAGCUGGCGCAAGCCAAGUUCGAGAUUCAGAACAAAGCGAAUUCCAUGGUGACCAGGGUGACGAUCAAGGGAGACGACUUGAGCCACCUGCUCUCGGAGGUGGGCAACGGAGCAGGCAGGAGAACGCCGCUCGUCAGCUACUCGAGCCCCGACCUGCGCUCGCUCUACACCAACCAGCUUCUGACCAGAAGCAACUCGUGGAAGCCGAUGCUGGAGACGAUUCAGGAAGUGGUGGCCGUGUCCAGGUCCAAGAAGCAACGAGUGCACAAUUGGGAGGAUACCUCGGCCGACGACAGCAGACCGUCCGAGCCAGAGAGCGCCGUGGUCAGCCCCAAAGCUUCCAUCAAAGAGGCAGCCGUCGUGCCCUUGCUGUCGACUCCUCCCCAAUCCACAGCAGCGCCCAAGAAGAAAGGCAAACCCGAGAAGAAGAAGUCGUCGUUCAAGAAGUCGGACAAGGAGCAGCAGCCGGCGAAGCCUCAAGGGCCUCUGCCUCCGCAGAGCCCUGGCGUCUACACAGAGCUGUUCCCCAUGGUGCAGGUGCCUCCCCGGAGAGUGCAAGCCGUGAAUUAAACCUUGCGUUAAGCCCUCAGUCUUCGUGUAUUUUUAUGACGCGCUCUCCCAGGAAUACCCCUCACCGAUUCUCUCUCCAAUUGAUUACUUUCGCCUGGAGUUAUAGCUCCCGUCUUACUUGUUUCUGAGCAUGUUGGUUUCGUGCCCUGCUCCACAUCCUCUUCUUCUGUCUUUGUUUCUCUUCACACUUCUCUCCCUGGAGCGAGUUUCCACCCUGGAAUUGGAGAAGGCGUCUUUUCGAAGUGUUUCCUGGAGCGCACCUGAGAUUCUGCAUGUCAAUUCUGGUCAUGCCGAGUCCGAGUGGCCUACACUCAGAACAUUGCAAACUGGCGAAGUCGAUACUCGAACUCGGAGGAGGAAAAGUCUGGAAGCUGUUUGUGCUCUCUCAUUCACGUGCACGCGGUGUCAGUUGGUGAGCAGUGAGCAGGCAGGCAGGAAGGGUCACAGGCACUUUGCUGAUGAACUUAACAUGGUCACUUGGAUUUUCACACGAGAAGCAUCUUGAGUCAAUUCAAUCGUGGGGUUAACAAGUCAUGGUCCGUCACCAAGAGACCUGAACGACGACGGCAGCAGCAGCAGCAGCCAAGCGAAUACGCGACUUGGGGAGAUCUGGAAACCGCAGCUGCCUCGAGUUAGUUUGCAUUGUAUAGUAAGUCCCACAAUUCUGCAACCUCUGCAGGAAGGGAGGAGACGCAUGUCAGGACUGGAGCGAGUGUUAUAACUCUACGAGCGACACUGAGGCAUUCAGUGCAGAGUCAUUUGCCGAGACGAAGGAUAUGUUUUGCGGGUUAUUGUACAUACAUGAAAGGGUUUGCAUUUGGGCGAACCUGGAAGAGCUUCAGUAGUGUAGAUUUCAUGAAUUCCCCUGGCCCCGGGGGUUAUUCCGUUCGCAAGGCCCAGGUUGUAAACGGCAUCAACGAGUUUGCUAACGUGGAACAGCAGACUGUGUUUAAGUCAUGAUCAACAACAACUUAACGAAGCGUUGUCGACAUUAAUGAACACUUCAACUUCAUCACCGAGAAUUUGGUUGUCCGUCAGCAAGACUUCUGUUUGAACCUUAACAAGGAGCCGGCCGAGUUUUAGGUCAUCAUCAACUAUACCAAUUUUUACGCUGUCGACUUUGUUGAAUCUCGAUCCAGCAAUCAUAGAAUGAUACAUUCGGUCACUGAACCUGACAUGUAGGUCAAGCAAGGUCCCCGAUCGUGGGUCCGGGAUCUUACUUCGAUGAGACACCCGUGUCAAGUGUUACUGUUCGCAUUAAUAUAUGUACUGGGUGGGUUCACUGGAACUUCCAUUGACUUC